AUGAAAUUUUUAACGUUAGAGUAUCCCUCGAGUCAUUUCACUUUUACAAGCGUUAUAGUACGGGAUUAUUUAGGCAGCAGGGGCGACCGCAGUAGUAGACUCUUCGGUCUCCUGAUGAGUCGCCGUGCGCUGUGCGGGUUCGAAUCCCGUCCCAAGAGAAAUUUUUCUCUUGGCUAUGGAUGUUGUGAUUGUACCACCCGGCGGAUCUCGUAAGCGGGGCCAGAAUGUGUGCAUGUUGCAUGCACACGUGUUCCCUUGUGGCGUUCCCCUUUUUCCCUGUAUCCCCCAAUAGCCCCAC